AAGAGCGACGACCCUGGAAAUCGGGAAAAGACGCCACCAGAAGAAAAGGGGAGGGACGUACGGAAAGUCUGUGGAAGGGAAGCGCGUAAGCUCCCUGGAGAGCGAGAGCAAGAGAGCGAGAGAGAGAGCGGGGGAGCGGGGUUAGCGAGGAACAGAAACGAUCGGAGCUUGUCGGAGCCGCGGUGUGGAAAAGGGAAUUUUCACCUUGAGAGAGUGGUAGACGCUGCCGGCACAGGGACGUUUGCUUGGAGGAGGAACGCGCAGCGCCAUGGCUAUGGCUCAGAAGCCGGGCAAAUUGGUACUAAAGGCCCUGGCAGCGCUCAUCCCCUUGAUGGUGCUUAUUGGCGUGUCGACAAGUGGGAACGGGAUGAACGGUGCAACUUCUAAGGCCGUUGAUGGGGCGGGGCGCCGAUUGCAGACAGCCACGUACGACUUCGCCACACAGCUUGAGAUGACAAUUUGCCUCACGGAGGAACACACCUCCGACUCGGCUACGUCAACCACUGAUCAGUUGAAGGUAGCUGUGAUGGAGAUAUUCGGGAUUGAGAGCGCUGACGAUGUGGUCGUGGACGACUCGUUGACUAGAUGCACGGUGGACAACUGGCAACGGAGGGUGUCGAUCUACAACAGGGCGGAUGAGACGGGCUCCGCAGCGGACAUUGCUUCGGCACAGGUGGACCAAAUCUACCCCGGAGCGUUGACGACAGCGUUCUUGGACGACAUUGCGACGUCCAUCAAUGCUCAGGAUGCAGAGCUUGUCUUCACGGGGACCGACUUGGAUUUGUUGAGCCUGGGGUUCUUGGUGAUCUGGCUUGAUUCGAACGGGGACGUCGUGGACAACCAGGGCACGACUACGAGCAAGGACGUGGUCAACAUUGGGGGCACAGACGUCUGGUGGCCAUGGUGGGCGUGGUUGAUCUACGCUGCGGUGGUGCUGUGUUGCAUCUGCCCAAUGCUCUUCUUCUUCUUCAAAUGGCGCCGGGACAAGGAGGCCGAACUGGACAGCUACGGCGGUGGAUCAGGUAAAGACAUGGGGGCACCGGCUCCCCCUUCGGCAACAUCUUCCAACCCCUACGGCGGGAACUACUCCGCGGAGGAGAACAAGAGCGGCAAGUGAUGUGGAGGAGCUGCGGCCAAACGGGACGCCUCACAUGGAGGGGUGGGGGUUUCUUUUUAUGUCUUGAGCUAUCUGUCUCUUUGGGAGGGUAAGAUGUAUCUUACAGAUCAAGAUUCUUUUCUGACGGAUUAGGUAAGGCAGUUUAUUUCUUAUUUUUGCGCGCGGCGGUUUUGACUGUUGGGCGUGUUUUUUCCCUGUCCUGUCGGUGAGUUAUCGUACGAUCGCCCACGAGCAGCAAACUGAGAUAGGUUUCGCCGAAGGUGUCUCGUUUUUUGUCGUGCCUGGUGUGCUGGGCAGCAGGGCAGUGCGCCCGGUGCUCUCCCUGGGCUUAGCCACCUGUCAGCCGUCGUUCUACGUACGCAUACGAAUGAGCGAGGCCCCGCGGGUCUUAAGCCGCGUUGGCGGAUAGGUUUUAAGAUCAGGGGAUUUGUGUCUAUUUAAGUCUUUUUGCCGGUCAUGAAUGGUACCAUUUUGGUGUUACUUCGCUUCCGGACGUUCACGUUUUCGGCUUGGAAUUGCGUCACGGGGGGUUGCGAAUACGCACACAGGUUCAGAGACGAUAGGCUCCCGGUUUGUUUGCCUACUUGUAUUUUCUAUGGUUGUGGUUGCCCGGCUUUCAGGGGGAUGUGCGUGUUUUGCAUUGCGCUCGUGUGACCGUUCGCGUCGAUUCCGGCGGCCUCAGCUUGGGCUUCAAUUCGUAGAGUGGGAACUCUUGUACUUCGUACAUGCUGUUUGAGGUCGAUUUUGUUGUUGUUGGCUGGUCGAUCGGUCCAGGUUCCUUUCUCUUUUGUCGUGGUUCUUGUUGGUGUGGACACUGCGAGAGUUGGCUUGUUUGGUUGUGUGGCGCUUUCGUCUCGGAAUGGGUGGGUAGAGAGGGGUACUUUUUCGACGUCAUCGUGCUGGACGUGGGCUCAAAGAUGUGCUGCUGUAGGGUCGUGUCAAUGUGCUGCUGCACGAAGAGGGCGGACUCCGCGAGAGAAUAUCCUCCUUGUAUCGUAUAUUAUCGAGUACCAUACUACGCUGUUGUGUUCUUUCUGUGCAGGAGAGCGUCUCUGGUUCGGUAGAAUGAAGGAGACCUAUCGUUUGUGGGGUGAAGUUAUGUUCGUGUUGUGAACUAGGCAGUCUAUUAUAGCAAGCAGGAUUAAUAAAUUUCAGUAUG